CUCAGUCGAGCACUAGACGCCAACGCGUUCGGAAGCAGCUCUCUCUCUCUCUCUCUCACUCUCUGUCUCACACACACUCUCUGUCUCUCUCUCUCUCUCUGUCUCCGUCUCCGUCUCUGUCGCUGCGCGUCUCUCUCGCUCUUUCGCAUCCUCCAUCGCCGUCGCACCUGCUCACACCCGCAUUCAGCGAACUCAACGGACUCCAGAGGAAAAGUGUGAAAAGUUGUGCGGCCAGGGGCUCCGCUCUUAUGUAUACAAGCACUCGGAUCCGGUAAAAUGUUGCUGGCGGUUAACCAGAGUCUACAGAACACCAGCAAGAAGAAGCGCAAGCGGCGGACGGCCGAGGAUGAUCCGCAGGAGGAUUCCGGCGAGGGAACGCCACCAGUUCGGCCCCUGGAGCCCAGUGCGUCCAGUGACCAGCUGGUCGGAGGUACAUGCCGGGUGUGUAAGUGCCCGGGCCGACAGUCCUUGACCCUGGUAUACAUCUACCUGGGCGCCCUCACCCUCAUCCUGGCCAGCCUCUCGAUCGUCUUCUACACGCACACCCAGGACACCGAGUCCUUGCCGCAGCUGGAAGACAACUUCCGGGUGCAAUUCCAUGCGGAGCUAAUGCGAUCGGAGGAGGAAUUAAGGAGGCUAGUCAACAGGAUAGUCGAGGAGGAGCAGCACUUGGUGGGCAGCACCACCACGAGUAGCACCACCCAGUCGAGGGAUCCUCUGAAAAAUGAACGCAAGUUCACGGACAACCUGAUUAGCCACACACCACGUCCCACCGGGAAACGAAUGCGCCGGGACAUCGCCUCCUCCGCUCCGGCGUCCAUGCAUGCUGAUCCGCUGAUCGAGUUCUUCAAUCCGAACCAUCGCAAGGUGCUGGAGGAGCAAGACACCGAGAUCCGUAAGCGCACGGGCCAGAAGGGCGCCGCUCCCGGCGGAGAUGAGUGGAUCUAUCUGAACACAUAUUGCCGGGUUCCGGAGAAGAUAAUUACGGGCUUCUGCAAGGGCACCCAGGACUAUUGUCCGCCGGCACCACAGGGACCAACCGGAGAAGUGGGUCCAAAGGGACCACCUGGAAACCCGGGUCUACCGGGCAUUCCGGGUCCCAAGGGAAAUCGCGGUGAUGUGGGCUUACCGGGUGCUCCCGGAGUGGAUGGCGUGGGUCAUUUGGGUCCCGCCGGACCUCGCGGUCCCAAGGGAGAUGCCGGGGUGACCGGACGAGCCGGCUUGGAUGGCCGGGAUGGAGUGCCCGGGGAGCCGGGACUCGAUGGCGUGCCUGGUCGCGCUGGUGCUGAUGGAAAGAAUGGCCUGCCUGGACGCGAUGGCAAGGACGGGCUCCACGGCAAGGAUGGCAAAGAUGGUCUGUCCAUCACGGGACCCAAGGGUGCGCAGGGACCACCUGGCGAACGAGGACUCAAGGGCAUUGCGGGUCCACGUGGUCGUCCUGGCAAGCCGGGCACCAAUGGCAUACCCGGAGUGCCUGGCAUCAAUGCCUGGAAGCUGCAAUAUCCCAACGGCAGCUCCUCCAACGAUCUGCUAAUACCGCCCUCCAUAACAGAUAUUCAACUGCCGGACUUCCAGCGCACGGUGAUCGUGGAGGAGGGAAGAUCCCUGAACUUGAGCUGCACCGCCACGGGAACGCCCACACCGCAGGUGGAAUGGCGACGUGAGGAUGGUCGCACCAUCAACGUCAAUGGCGUUGAAAUGGCCUCCAUCAGCGGACAGUUCCUGAGGUUCACCAAUAUCACCCGACACCAGAUGGCGGCCUACACCUGCUUUGCCAACAAUGGCAUCGCGCCCGUGGCCAAUGCCACUUACCUCGUGGAAGUGCAGUUUGCGCCCAUGAUAUCGGUGUACCGCCAAAUGAUCUACGCGGAGUACCAGAGCAGCGCCACACUCGAGUGCUUGGUGGAGGCCUUCCCCGAAGCCAUUAGGUAUUGGGAACGGGCCUACGACGGCAAGAUACUGGAUCCCAGCGACAAGUACGGCAUUGAAUCGUACCCAGAGGGUUUCAAGACCUCCAUGCGCUUGACUAUCAGCAAUCUGCGCAAGGAUGACUUUGGCUACUAUCACUGUGUGGCCCGGAACGAACUAAAUGCCACAAUGGUCAACUUUGAAAUAGCACCACAAGAUCCGAAUAGCGAGACCCCGUAUGUGGGAAAUAACAUCAAGGUUUAUGGCCAACGCCCGCCGGAGAGCGAGUGUCCCGUUUGCGAUCAGUGCCCAGAUCCCAGCUUGUACCAGUGCAAGGACUCCAUACUGAAUAACUUCGAAAUCCAGGCGACGGGCAAUCUGAGCUAUCCGGGAUUACCCAAGCGACCAAAGACUUGCUAUCUGUAUGCGGUGGGCAAACCCGUUUUCCACAAGGUGGUCAAUGAAAAGUUCGGCUCCUGGCUCAGAGAUCCAUCUCCUGACAGUGAUCGUGAGAAGACAUUCGUCACCAACGAGAACGACCCGUACAAUCUGUUCGAGUUCACCACUCGCAUUCAGUACCGAAUGAACAGCAUCCCCAGGAGAAAAUACGAGAUUCAAGAGGGCUUUCAUGGCAAUGCCCAUGUGGUCUUUAACGGUUCGUUCUACUAUCAACAAAGAAACUCGGAUCUGGUGGUCAAGCUGGACUUGACCAGUCUCAAAAAGAUAACCACACAAUUGCCAUAUGCUGGAGUGGCCGCUGCGAAUAGGCUAUAUGCUACCGACUACAACUACAUGGACUUCAACGUGGAUGAAGUGGGUCUGUGGGUGAUCUAUAGCACCUACAACUCCAAUAAUACGCUGGUGGCCAAGUUGGACACGGAGACGUUGAAGAUGCAGUACAACUUCAACAUCACCCUGGACCAUCAUCAGUUUGGUGAGAUGUUCAUCGUGUGUGGCAAUCUGUAUGCCAUCGAUUCGGGUACGGAUAAGAACACCCAGAUUCGAUAUGUGGUGGACUUGUACAAGGGCAAGCUGCUCAACACGAAUCUGCCCUUCUCGAAUCCCUUUAGCCACACCACCACCGUGGGCUACAAUCCCCUGACUGUGGAACUCUACUCCUGGGACAAGGGCAACGCACUCACAUAUCCCAUACGCUACAAUGAGCAGCGUUUAAUCUCCGACAAUAGUUAGGAGUCACUAACCACAAGACGAUCUUAAAGAUGCGCAGAGUCGAGGCUCAAAUCUAACUAGUAUAAGGCACAAUAAAUAUAUGCAAACUGUUUUU